ACGCCUGUAACUUGAACACUUCAUUAACAUCUGGACUGAGAACUGCAGUAUGGACACAUCCUACCAAACAUCGCAGUCACCUAAUCCUGUCCUUAAACCAGACGUGAAAAAGAAACUCGUGGUUGUAGGCGACGGUGGUUGCGGAAAGACAUGUCUCCUUAUUGUUUACGCAGAAAAUCGGUUCCCUGAGGCAUACGUCCCAACGGUUUUCGAGAACUAUGUGACACAAGUUAACUACGAUGGAAAGGUUGUAGAGCUUGCUCUUUGGGAUACUGCAGGCCAGGAAGAAUAUGACCGGUUGCGACCCCUAAGCUACCCCGAAAGCGACGUGAUCCUCAUUGUAUUUUCAGUUGAUUUUCCUGCCAGCCUCGGAAAUGUUCAAGAUAAGUGGUAUCCAGAAGUAGCGCACUUCUGUGAAGGCACUCCCCUUAUCCUUGUCGCUACCAAAGUUGACUUGAGAAGAGACGAUCAGACUAGACGGAUGUUAGGUGCGCAGGGUCAAUCUCCCGUGACACCCGAACAGGGUGCAGACGUAGCAAAGGAGAUAGGUGCAAAAUACAUCGAGUGUUCUGCCAAAACAGGGAGUGGCGUACAUGACGUUUUCAACUUGGCUUUGAGGGAGAGCAUGAGAGGUCGGUGGGGAAAGCUGGUAAAGCACAGAAGGUGUGUAGUUAUUUAAUUCGAGGUAAGGCUCGGGAUAUGUCUUGCGUUCCGGGUCACUACCAACUGGAAGCGGCACUGUCUUGACUCAGUUACUUUGAGUCUGCACUUAGAUAAUGCAAACUUGAUCUCCAGGGUGCUUGUAUUAGCAAUAACUUUAAUCUUUAGUUGCAUCAUUUCAUCCAAUUUUAUUUUCUUAAAGGU